AGUUGCGUCCCCACAGGACGGUGUUCACGCGGGCCAUCGAGGCGUGUGACCUCCAUUGGCAGGACCGUCACCUGCAGCACAUUAUCGCCAGUGGCCUCUACGCCAACUAUUGUUACCACGACAACCAGAACGGCUCGCUCUUCGACACACGCGGAUGGCCCAUGUGGCACGAACAUGUUCCGACGGCGUGUGCUCGGGUGGACGCCCUGCGUUCCCAUGGUUACCCCCGUGAAGCGCUGCGAUUGGCCAUUGCCGUGGUGAAUACACUACGGCGGCAGCAGCAGAGGCAGCUGGAGCAUUUCAGCAGACAUAAGAAAGAACUGCUGCAUAAAGGUAUCACCUCCAUAACCAACAUGGAGGGCUGGGUGGGUCACCCUCUGGAUCCCAUCGGCACCCUGUUCAGCACCCUCACUGAGACGGGACGGGGCGCAGAGGAGGGGGCCAACACAUGCCUUGACCUUUCAGACUGUUCCAGUGUGGUGAGUCAUGCGGAGCUGCAGCGGUUUCCAGUGCAGCGUUUGCUAGGCGAGGGGGAAUCGUACGUGGCGCUGGCCGUAGAGACUGCUCUGAUUGGCUUAGGCCAGCAGAGGGUGAUGCCUGACGGGCUGUAUGCCCAGGAGAAGGUGUGUCGCAACGAAGAGCAGCUAUUAGCCAAGCUGCAGGAAGUGGAGCUGGAUGACAUGCUGGUCAAGAUCUUCCGCAAGCAAGCCGUCUUCCUGUUAGAGAGUGGGCCGUAUAGUGGCCACGGAGAGAUUGUCCACAGAGAGAGUGUUCCCAUGCACACCUUCACCCGCUACCUCUUCACCUCUCUCCUACCUCACGACGCUGAACUGGCGUACAAGAUUGCACUCCGAGCCAUGCGGUUGCCUGUGUUGGAGUCCACAGCCUCGUCAGGUGACCUGUCGCGACCCCAUCACAUGGUGUCUGUGGUCCCUAACCGAUACCCUCGCUGGUUCACACUCACCCACAUAGAGUCCCAGCAGUGUGAACUGGCCUCCACCAUGCUCACUGCAGCCAAAGGUGAUAGUCGUAAGCUGGAGACUGUACUAGAGUCCAUCCAGAAGAACAUCCAUUCCUCAUCUCACAUCUUUAAACUGGGCCAGGAUGCCUUCAAGAUCGCUACUCUGAUGGACAGCCUGCCAGACAUCACACUGCUCAAAGUCUCACUGGAGCUGGGGCUGCAGGUGAUGAGGAUAACCCUGUCUACGUUGAACUGGAGGAGGAGGGAGAUGGUACGGUGGUUAGUUACCUGUGCCACUGAAGUAGGGGUGUAUGCGUUGGACAGCAUCAUGCAGAGUUGGUUCACCCUCUUCACCCCGACUGAGGCCACCAGCAUCGUGGCCACCACCGUCAUGUCCAACACCACCAUCGUCCGGCUGCACCUGGACUGUCACCAGCAGGAGAACCUGGCCUCCUCCGCCCGGACCCUGGCCCUGCAGUGUGCCAUGAAGGACCCCCAGAACUGUGCCCUCUCCGCCCUCACGCUCUGCGAGAAGGACCACAUAGCCUUCGAGACGGCCUACCAGAUCGUUCUGGACGCGGCCGCCACGGGGAUGAGCUACACACAGCUGUUUACUAUAGCCAGGUACAUGGAGCACAGGGGGUACCCUAUGAGGGCGUACAAGCUGGCCACGCUAGCCAUGGCUCAUCUAAACCUCAGCUACAACCAGGAUACCCACCCAGCCAUCAACGACGUGCUGUGGGCCUGCGCUCUGAGUCACUCGCUGGGAAAGAACGAGCUGGCCGCCGUCAUCCCCCUGGUGGUGAAGAGUGUGAAGUGUGCCACGGUGCUGUCGGAUAUUUUGCGGCGGUGCACACUGACCACGCCGGGGCUGGUGUCCGCACUGCACAGCCGUAGGAACUCUGGGAAGCUGAUGUCACUGGACAAAGCUCCUCUCAGGCAGCUGCUGGACGCUACCAUCGGGGCCUACAUCAACACCACGCACUCUCGCCUCACACACAUCAGCCCACGCCACUACAGCGAGUUCAUAGAGUUCCUGGGGAAGACCCGGGAGACGUUCCUCAUGGCCCAAGAUGGACACAUCCAGUUCACACAGUUCAUAGACAACCUCAAACAGAUCUAUAAGGGAAAGAAGAAACUCAUGAUGCUGGUGAGGGAGAGGUUCGGCUGACCAGGGUCGGCCCCUA